CUCUGUUCCGCAAUAUUUUUUCCGGACGUAUUUCCGUGUUUGUUCCGAUCUUUAGUUUUAUCUCGAAAUCAACUUCCGGGGCGUUCAGGAACGCAGUCUUUGCACUACACCUUGAUGAAUUUUACCGAUAACAACGAUUUGCAAUGACACAAUACAGUGUACCAUUCAAGUAGAGAUGUUUUAGUUACUUGGUUGAAGUUCUCAUAAUUAUUUGAAAAUGUUAUCAGAAGAUCUACAAGAAUCAGAAACAGAGGAACCACCAGAUUUACACUCAAGUCUUCCAGAGUUAAAAUUAUGGAAAGUGACAAAACUUCAAGAGUGGUUAGAAAAACACAAAUUGAAAAAGUCAGGAUUAAAGGAAGUAUUGGUAAACCGGGUUUAUCGAGCAAUGUCUGGUUACAUGGAUUCAGAUCCAGAUAGCUCAGAUGAGAACUUAGGUGAGGAUUUAAUUCCUGUACAUGAGAUUUCAAAUUGGAAGACACUAGACUUUAGUGACAUUCCAAAUGGUUUGGCCUCAAAAGAUGUAGACGGUUAUUUUCUCUACCAAAAGAACCCUACAACAGGAGCAAGAUUGCACUUUGACCGACAAAUGAAAAAGGCAAAACGACUAUGCAAUGAAGGGUUUAUCAGAGAUAUACUAUAUAGUGAUUUAUCAGACUUUUGCUAUAUCAAGUCCAAGUGUUUACCCUCUAUGAAACAGUCUGUUAGUAUUGGGACAUCUGGCAUGACUGCCAAAUUUUAUAGUUUAAAUGUAUGCCUAGGUAGAAAAUUUGGAAAUAUCUUCAAUGCUAGAUGCAACUGUAAGGCAGGUGGGGCUGGUCUCUGUGCGCAUGUAGGUGCUUUACUGUAUACUUUAGUUAAAACCAAAAAUGCAUGCACAUCAAGUGAGUGUACUUGA